AUGGACAAAUACUAUGCUAGCUUCGAGGAACCUAAGGAGUAUCAAAACAUGUUCGCCUACAGUUCACGCGAUUUCUUCAGCCAGAAUCCAGGGUCGUAUCUUAUCCCGUAUCAUAAGGGUUUGUUUGCAUUGUCUAGUCAGAGAAAUGAACAAGGGAUGCAAGUUGUGGCUUAUAGAGAAGAAAAGCUUACCAUACUUGCUCUUCUUGGAGCGAUUGGCUUUGCUGUUGAUCAAGAAAGCCCAACAUCGGACGCCCUUAAGAGACGAAAGAUUAUGUCUUCACCACAAUCGAAGGAUGCCCUCGAAUUUAUGCAAAAAUGGAUGUUGGAAUAUAAUCCCAGCAUGGACAUCAACACGUAUCCAAGCUACUGCUAA